CCGACAAACAAACACAACAAACAUGAAGACCAUUGUUUUAUUGGGACUUUUGACUGUCACCAUUGCUGCACCUCAAGGGCCGACGGAGCCAAUUCCGAUCGUCCGGCAGGAGAGUGAGAUCAACCCUGACGGCUCAUACCAGUGGGCUUACGAGACUGGUAAUGGCAUCGUCGCUGAUGAGAAAGGGGCUCUGAAGAAUGUUGGAGCUGAGGAGCCAGCUCUGGAGGUCCAAGGUCAAUUCCAGUACCCGAGUGAGGAAGGUGGAAACAUUCAAUUGAGCUACAUCGCUAACGAAAAUGGAUUCCAGCCACAGGGUGCGCAUCUGCCGACACCUCCCCCAAUACCUGAGGCUAUCCAGCGGGCUCUGGCUUACCUCGCCACUGCUCCACCCCAACCAGAGAACAGGAGGCGCUAAAUAAUUCUCCCUAAAUUUAUUUAAUGGUAAUUUAACAGUAAGCCAUAUUCAUAUCCUAUGAUAUAGGAGUAAUACAAAAAUCAAUGUUUGUUCCUGAAUACCUACAUCUAGCAACCAAAAUUAUUUAGGAAUAUAUAUUGAUGUUGUGAUUAAUGAAGCGAAUUUUGUAAAUAUUUUUAUAUAUAAUGUAAAUAAUUUUACAUGAAACA